CUGUCGCCAAGUAUUUAAGUUGUAAUGAAGACAGUGAAAUUGUUGAUGUUUAUACAUGUUUGGAACUCUUUCUUUCUAACUUGCUCCGUUCAGUUUCGUUUGAACUAAGCUCGCUCUAGCUAAGGAUAAAGAUGAAGAAGCAAGACAGUGAAGGCCAGCAUCUAGAGAGCAACAGCAGCGACUCUGUGCCUUUGAGCGCAGAGGUAGUGACUGGACAAAACCCCGAGGCAACUGGGACCCCUGGCAGCUCAGAUGGGAUCGAGGGCCAGCAGUCUAUAGAUACUCCACUGGACACACAGGUCAACAAUGGAGCUGAAGAGACGACAGCAGAGGAGCUCAGUCGUCAGCUGGAGGACAUCCUCAGCACUUACUGCCUGGGCGAGGGCACGGAGGACAGGGCGCUGCCGGAGGCCUGCGACGGGCAGCCCGAUGGGGCCGAUCUCAGCGGCAUGACCGAGCAGGGCGACGAUAAGACCGGGGGGCUCAAGCUGAAUGGCAGUGUCACUGAAAAGGAUCCCAAGAAGGAGCAGGAGAAGAAGAAGGUCAAGGGCUUGGGUAAAGAGAUCACGCUGUUGAUGCAGACACUAAACACCCUGAGCACGCCGGAGGAGAAGCUGGCCGGCCUCUGCAAGAAGUAUGCCGAGCUGUUGGAAGAGCAUCGCAACGCACAGAAGCAGAUGCGGGUGCUGCAGCGGAAGCAGGCACAGCUCAUCCAGGAGAAGGACCACCUGCGCAGCGAACACAGCAAGGCCAUUCUGGCGCGCAGCAAGCUAGAGAGCCUCUGCCGGGAGCUACAGAGACACAACCGCACACUCAAGGAGGAUGGCGUACAGCGAGCCCGCGUGGAGGAGGAGAAGCGCAAAGAGGUGACGUCCCAUUUCCAGGUGACGCUGAACGACAUCCAGGCACAGAUGGAGCAGCAUAAUGAGCGAAACAGCACACUGAGGCAGGAGAACAUGGAGCUGGCCGAGAAGCUGAAGAAGCUCAUUGAGCAGUACGAGCUGCGUGAGGAGCACAUCGACAAGGUGUUCAAGCACAAGGAUCUGCAGCAGCAGCUGGUGGAUGCCAAGCUCCAUCAGGCCCAGGAGCUGCUUAAGGAGGCUGAGGACCGUCACCAGAGAGAGAAGGACUUUCUCCUGAAGGAAGCAGUGGAGUCCCAGAGGAUGUGUGAGCUGAUGAAGCAGCAGGAGGUCCACCUAAAGCAGCAGUUGUCCUUGUACACGGAGAAGUUCGAGGAGUUCCAGAACACGCUCUCCAAAAGCAACGAGGUUUUCACCACGUUCAAGCAGGAGAUGGAGAAGAUGACGAAGAAGAUAAAGAAGCUGGAGAAGGAGACGACGAUGUACCGCUCCAGGUGGGAGAGCAGCAACAGGGCACUGCUGGAGAUGGCGGAGGAGAAGACGGUGCGCGAGAAGGAGCUGGAGUGCCUUCAGGGGAAGGUGCAGCGGCUGGAGAAGCUGUGCCGGGCGCUGCAGAUGGAGCGCAACGAGCUCAGCAAGCGGGUGCAGGGCCUGGGGGGCCCGGGGGAGGGCGUGGAGAUCGGGCCGCAGCCCCCAGCACUGCCCAGAGACUCUGACGAGGGGGGCUCUCCCGGCAGCCCAGAGCCAGAAUGCACCCCCACCCCUCCAGCAUGCCCACCAGCCAGUCACUGUGGCCCGGAGCUGGAGGCAGAGUCCAGCACCCUGGCGGCUCAGGACUGAGCGCCCCCCCUCCCACCCCCACUGCUUUCUUUUCUCUCCAUAUUCUUCCAGAGAUCACCAGUCUUUUCUAAGGGCAAAACCACAUGUCUGUCAAGGGAAAAAAAUCUUAAUUAGUUUAAUCCCCCCCCCCCCAUAAUGCAUACAUUGCUACAAGGAACUGUGCUGCUGUUUGUGAAUGCAGAGCAUCUAGUUUCUGUCUCUGCGGUUUUUGUUUCUCCCCUCUGUGUCGGGUCCCUUUACACAAGCCGCCCCUGAUCUCUGCACUCUGCAGGAGGCCCUGUCCCUGUUCCAGGCAUGGCUGCUGCAUCGUCUGAAUGGGCGACAUCCGUCCCUCUGUCCUUAUCCGCUGCCUUAACCUGCGCACUGGGGGGCGCGUAACCCCAGCACCGUCUCAUUAAGUCGCUUCACUUUCAGAAACCACAGCAUUUUGUCGCUUUUCUUUUGAAGACCAAGGGGCUAAAUUGAGAAGCCCAUAGCAUGUGUCAUGUAACGGCCAGGUGCUUUCAUGUUUUACACUCUGUUCUCCAUAUCAGUCUGUUUUUGACACCUUUAUGUUUUGCACAAGUCAGCUGACAUGUAGGUUGUUUAUUUUUUAUAAGACAAUAUUUGCCACAUAUAGAUGAAAUUGCACUAGAUUUAUUACAUAAUCUUGUGUACCAAUGCUAAUGAAUGAUUGCUAUUCUUGGACCAAUUCAUAGCUGUUAUCUUUCCUAUAAAAUGCUUCCCGUACAAAUGAGAUUAAAUGAUUAAAAUAUUAUUGGUUUGUUUGUUGUGUGGUUUAUGCAUUUGGGGUUAGGUCAAAUUGGUCAAUCUGCACAACCCAAACAAAACUUGAUUGGUAAAAUGUUUAAAUUUCGCCUCAUUUCUUCCUGCUCGAUUUUGGGUCAUUCUCCGUUGUGUGCUGCAGAAUGCCUCCCAUCCAACAUUACCUAUGAAAGGAUGGUGUAACCUGAAUGUACUAACGAUAUUUAUUUAUGGCACUAGCGGCACGGAAGUAUUGUAUCCUUUGUGUCCAUGUGUUUUUUUUGUUUGUUUUUGCACUGUCAGUAUAUUUCGUGUGUCGUCUCACCAGUAGACUAUAGAAUUCACAGGAUCCUCAUUUCUGUACUUUUCAUAACUAUUAACCAGGUACCAAAGACUGCAUUGCUCUUCUGACCUCUGAAGUUUGCUGUACUGUAUCUGUGUUUGUACGGUCUGCAUUUAAAAUAAAACACCUCCGUUUUUA